CGUGCUGUGUUUGUGUGACAGUGCCGGCGUGGGUCGGACCGGCUGCUUCAUCGUCAUCGACGCCAUGCUGGAGCGAAUCAAACACGAGAAGACGGUGGACAUCUACGGUCACGUGACGCUCAUGCGCGCUCAGAGGAACUACAUGGUCCAGACGGAGGACCAGUACGUCUUCAUCCACGACGCGCUCCAGGAGGCCGUCACCUGCGGCACCACCGAGGUUCCCGCCCGGAACCUGUACGCCUACAUCCAGAAGCUGACGCAGAUCGAGACCGGAGAGAACGUCACCGGGAUGGAGCUGGAGUUUAAGCGGUUAGCGAACACAAAAGCUCACACCUCUCGGUUCAUCAGUGCCAAUCUGCCCUGCAACAAGUUCAAAAACAGACUGGUGAACAUCAUGCCCUACGAGUCCACCCGCGUCUGCCUGCAGCCAAUCAGAGGAGUCGAGGGAUCCGACUACAUCAACGCCAGCUUCAUCGACGGAUACCGGUGUGUGUGUGUGUGUGUUAUUGACGAAAACGUCCUGGAGGUUAAAUCUGAGAAAGUGCACCGUGUAUAA